UCGUUUUUUGAAGGGCAGAACAGAAGUAGCUGAAAAAUUGUAUCGUUUGUUGGAUAACAACGUGCCAUGGAACUGGGGUUCCGAGCACAUGGAAGCCUUUGAGAGCCUGAAGAAGUUGCUGACAUCUAACUCGUUACUGGUGCAUUUUAAACCAGAUGCCCCGUUAGUAUUGUCAUGCGACGCGUCAUCUGUGGGAGUGGGGGCAGUUUUGGCUCACCGCGAUAACGAAGGAAAUGAGCAGCCUGUGGCGUAUGCGUCUAGAACAUUAUCUAAGGCCGAGCGUAAUUAUGCUCAGAUCGACCGUGAAGCUCUUGCCGUGGUUUUGGGGUGCGACAUUUCCACCAGUACCUUUGUGGGCGGAAUUUUAUUAUUCUCACGGAUCACAAGCCCUUGCUAGGAAUCUUUCAGCGAAAAAAGCAAAUUCCGGUUGUUCUUUCGCCUCGCAUGUUACGGUGGACUCUAAUGCUAUCAGCCUACAAAUACGUGCUCGAUUACCGGAAAACCAAGGACCAUGGAAACGCAGAUUGCCUGAGUAGGUUGCCGGCUCCCCUAACCCGACAAGAGACCGAAGUACCGGGUGACAUACUCCUACUGGAAGCUGUGGAGUACCCCCCAGUGAGCGCACGAGAAGUGGCAGCGUACACCAGCAGGGAUCCCCAACUGUCCCAAGUGAAGCAAUGGAUCCUUGAGGGCUGGCCACGCGAGCGAGUAGCCCCGAAGUAUUCUGCGUAUGAGCACUCUACGCCACACUCAGAAACCGGCAAAUCGCCUGCAGAAGUCAUGCUGGGUCUGAACUUCAGGACCGCCCUCUCGAUCCUUCAACGGGACGAGAGUGACGCAAGAUGCCCGCUGCCGCCGCCACAACGUGGGUUCCUGCCGGGUGAUGCUGUGUAGGCGAGAAACUUCCGGCCCGGCCCCGAGUGGUAUCCUGGUCGUGUGUUGCGACGUUUGGGCCACGUCAUGUACGAGCUGCGGACUGCAGACGGUACUGUGCACCGACGCCACCGGGACCACGUGCGCUGAGCAUGGCACUGUGAGCCCGGAUACUUAAGCCAUGAAACGUCCCCCUCUAUUGCUCUCCCGGCUACACCAAGCCCCGCCCUGGGACCUGCCGGGCCUGAGACGCCGCCGCCUCUCAGGCGUUCCACUCGUCAACGCCGGCCAGUGCGACGCUAUGGCAUCGAUGAGUAAGGGAGAAGGGAUGUGAUAUUGUGAAAUCACACGAAGUGACGUCAGUGGGCAACAAGAGAGCAUGCGCCAGCUUUGUGCCUGUUUUCUGUUAUCACCAAGUGUGCUGAUACCUAUCACCGCCUUAGCUAUAUAAGCAGUGCCCUUCUUGUAAUAAACGCCUUU